CCGGCGUUAGCUUUACACCGGCAUCCUCAUCCGAGGACCGCUGCUCUUCAUCGUGUCCCCGAGGAAGGACGCGCACUGCGGCUUCUUCUCCGCCGUUUAUCGGGAGAUAAAACGACCCGGAGGACUGCGUGGAGGUGUGUCUCCGCCGGGAUGGAGGUCUCGUCCAGGUGUCUCUGAGCCAUGGCGUCCCCGCUGUCCCCGCUAGGGUUCGGUCGGCUGUGCGGCCUCCGGGGGAAGCUGCUGCGGCGCUACGACCACCGGCCGCUGGUGGCGUGUCUGUCCGGUCUGUACGGUUGCCGGUGGCGACGAUGGGAGAGGAGCCGCAUGAGGCCCGGAGACUGCUGCUGCGACAAGCUGGAAGGCGCCAGCUUCGCGCUGCUCGUGGCGGCGUUCUGCUUAACGUUUGUGUUCCUCUUCUUCUGGGGUCAGGCAGAGAAUGACUACAACGACUUUGACUGGUUUAACUUCGGGAACCUGGGCUUCUGGUUCCCGUGGUCCGUGGUGCUGCUGGUCAUCGCUGCGGGCUUCUUCACCUACGUCACGGUGCUCGUGCUGCUGGCUGUGUGUUUGCUGUCAGAGGGUCAGAAGCUCUAUUUGCACUGGAGUCACAAGAUCGGGAUCCUGGUGAGUCUGACCUUCUCCGUCGUGGCCACGGCCGUCCUCUCCGACCUGUGGAGUAAAGAGUGGACGACUCUGCUGCUGUCCUUCCAGGUGACAGCGCCGUACCUACACCUGGGCGGAGUCCUGCUGGUGACGGCGCUCGCUUGGCCGAUAGCGUUUUACUUCUUUCGCAUGAAGGGCAGAGGGAGGCGGGGCCUCAUCCUGGGGGUGUACCUGUCCGUCCUGUCUGCCCUCUACCUGGUGCCCCUCGGCCUUUAUUCCCCUUGUAUCAAAGAGGACGGGACACUGGGCCCGGCCCCGACCCUCAUCGGCCACAGAGGAGCCCCCAUGCUUGCUCCAGAGAACACGCUGAUGUCCUUUGAGAAGGCGGUGGAGGCGGGAAGCGACGGUCUGGAGACGGAUGUCACCAUCAGCUCACACUGCAGCGUUGACGGGAUCCCGUUCCUGAUGCACGACCACACGCUGCGACGCACCACCAACGUGCACCGGGCCUUCCCCAACCGGACGGACACGCCGGCGGCCAUGUUCACGUGGGCGGAGCUGGAGAGCCUGAACGCCGGCGCCUGGUUCCUCUCUCUCGACCCGUUCGGUACCGCCGGCUCUCUGGGGGCUGCAGACCGGCUGCAGGCGGCGCAGCAGACUGUCUGCAGCCUGCAGGCCUUCCUCCAGCUGGCAGCGCGGACGGACAGGCGGGUGAUCUUUGACCUCUACCGGCCGCCCAAAGGUCACCCGUUCAGGGACAGCUGGAUCCAACGCACGCUGGAGGUGGUGCAGAAUGAGUCCUCCAUUCGGUCCUCGCAGGUGCUGUGGCUGCCCUCAGAUCAGCGCUCUCUGGUCCAGGACCUGGAUCCAGAGCUGCAGCAGACUUCAGGCACUCGCCUCCCUCUGGAGGAGCUCCAGAGCAGCGGCAUCGUCACCCUCAACCUGCACUACAGCGCCAUGUCGCCGCGGCUCACCAGUGAGUACGCCUCAGUGAACAUCACCACCAACCUGUACGUGGUCAGCCAGCCGUGGCUCUUCUCUCUGGCCUGGUGCUCCGGCGUCCACUCGGUGACCACCAACGCCCCCCAGCUGCUCGCCUCCCUCAGCUCGCCCCUCUUCCUCAUGAGUCCAGACGAGUACGACCUGAUGUGGAUUCUCACCGACCUGCUUUCCCUCGUGCUGAUCUUCACCAUCUUCAUCUUUCACUGGUGGCGAGAGAGACGUUUGACUUCCUGCCCGAGCGGCGUGACGCCGAAGAACGGAACCUACAGCCAGUUCUCCACAGAGCUCCACCUGCCCGUCAGGUGUUCUGGACCCAUGACCUCCUGCUCGCCUGGUCACUCUCUGCCCGGCGACUCGUCCACGACAUCCGCCCGGCAACAGGCUCCCUCACCCCCCUCCUCAAAAUAAAGCUUUAAACCAGAGUCCGUGUG